AUGGCAGCAGAUCCUUCAAUGUUUUCAUCCAGUAAGCUCGACGACCCUGCGGCUAGUUCGGCCCCGGCGGGCCAGGAUACUGUUGAUGGCGCAGUUUCUCCCGAACCUGUUCCUGAUUCUGCAGGUGGGUCUUCUUCAGUCCCAGAUGCCCAAGAUACGGCAACUUACUUGACAAAAAGGCCCCUGGCAACGUGCCGCGGGAAAAACUGUGAGCGGGUUCUCCCUCCUGGCACCCGGAAGUGUCAGAACUGCUUAACCACUGUUCGCUAUGCCGCCGCUAGGGCUGCAAUUGAUUUUGCCUACGAUGCAGGAUUUCAGGAAGUUGAAUCGGCAAACGGAAAGCGCAGGCUUGAGGUCCUCAACGAACAAGAAGACUGUGACAAGACCGCGGCUAUCCGUGAAGAGAGCGACACGCCGCAAAUGAAACCAAGCGACUGGCGAGACUUCGUCCUCGCCAAGCGCCCGCGCGUCCAUGAGAACCUGAAGCAAGCUGACAAAGCUGGAUCCGUCGACCGUGCAGAGACAUCACGCGCAGAGACGGUCAGUAAAGGCGCACUGAAGCCUCUAGGUCUCCCUGACACCUUGGAGACCGUGGAGCACCGCCGGCAGAAAAUAAAGUACGAUGCUGGCUUGUGCAUCAUCCCCAGCUGUGGCGAUCCACAUGGACCAGAUAUCUCAUUCUGUGUCCCCCACUUCAAGGGGGCCCAGGAUGAGAUUCGGGAGCAGUCAGGCCGGUCAAACGGCGGGGAGGCGCCGACGAGGCCUUCUGUACACAGCGAGGUCGAGGCGCGGCGCCAAGACAGCAUCGACUUGACCAUGGACGACGAUAGCGGUGCCGUGACGCGGAUAGUCAAUGAGAAUGCGUAA